GGAGGUGGUAAGAUGGCGGCGGCGGCGGCAGCGGCCGGAUGCGCGUCCCGCCGCCCGCCCCGCCCCGCCGCGCCACAGCCCUCCCCCGCCGCCGGCCGCCGGGCCAUGUAAGACGGGGCGGCGCGGGCCACCUUCCCCCCGCGCAGUCGCCCCCCCUUCAGCCGGCGGGCGCCAUGGAGGACGUCGGCUCGGGCGUGAGCGCGGACGCGGAGGUGCGGAAGCUGCAGGAGCUGGUGAAGAAGCUGGAGAAGCAGAACGAGCAGCUCCGUAGCCGCCACGGCGCCCUGCCCGCCGCCGCCGCCCCCGCCAGCCCCAAACGCCUGCUGGGUGGCGGGCCCUCCCCGUCCCCCCCCGCCGCCGCCGCCUCCCCGCCCGACGGCCGUUGCCUCAGCCCCAGGGCCGCCGCCCGGCGGCCGCCCCCCUCCGAGGAGCCCGGCGGCGGCGCUGCCGGUGAGGGGGGCAACGGCCUCCUGGACGACGCGGCGCUGGUCAGGCCGGAGGAGCUGGAGCGGUUGGCCGGCUGCGAGGAGGACGAGACCGGCUGGCUAUGUAUGUCUCCAAAGAAGAAACUGACUCCAGUGCAAAAAUGUGUCAGUCCAUUGGUUUGGUGCAGGCAGGUAUUGGAUUACCCAAGUCCUGACAUUGAAUCUGCUAAAAAGUCGCUGACCCACAGGCUGGAACAGACAAUGUUGGCUCUCAAGAGGCAGAGUUUGUAUAGCAGCCCUUUCAGUGCGGUUGGUUAUGCCAGCUCCUACAGUCCAAAUACUAGUAGCCCCUACAGCAGUGGCUUCAACUCUCCCUCCUCAACACCAGUGAAAUCUGCUUUAGUGAAACAGCUCAUACCUCCUGGUACCUCAGGUCAUCUUAAAAGUUCAGGGGAGAGAAAUCCUCCGCUAAGUCCACAGUCCUCUCUGGACAGCGAAUUAAGUGCAUCAGAGAUGGAUGAAGACUCUAUUGGGUCUAAUUACAAGCUAAAUGAUGUUACAGAUGUGCAAAUUUUAGCGCGAAUCCAGGAAGAAAGCCUCCGGCAAGAGUAUGCAGCAAGUGCUUCUCGGCGUAGUUCUGGUUCUUCUUGCAAUUCUACAAGGCGAGGCACAUUCAGUGAUCAGGAGCUGGAUGCACAGAGUUUAGAAGAUGAAGAAGAUGGCACACAUCACACAGUGCACCCUGCUGUUAACAGGUUCUCACCAUCACCUCGCAGUUCUCCCUGGCCUUCACCAAAACAGUCUCCAAGGAAUUCACCUCGCUCCCGAUCGCCUGCUCGAAGCAUAGAAUACAGUAGAGUGUCACCCCAACCUAUGAUUAGCCGUUUACAGCAACCUCGUCUUUCGCUUCAAGGCCAUCCUACAGAUUUGCAGACUAGUAAUGUCAAAAGUGAAGAGAAACUAAGGCGUAGUCUUCCAAACCUGUCCAGGACAUCUAACAUCCAAGCUGAGUCUGUGAAAAACAGCAGAAGUGACUCAAACUUCCAAGUGCCAAAUGGAGGAAUACCUCGCAUUCAACCUCAAGCCUCAGCCACUCUGCAAAGGCAGAAAAAUUUGCCUCGUGCUGCCUUCAAAACCAAACAGUUUCUUCAAACUCCAUCUACAAAAGGAGUACCUUCUUCAAGUAAAUUCCGCUCACCUGCAGCACCGUCUCCCCUAGCUCUCCGACAACCAGUGAAAGCAUUUAGUAACCAUGGACCCGGUUCAGUUGCUUCUCCAGAAGCUGCGCAGCUGACACACAGUACUUCUUUACCAGGGCCUCUUGCAGCCCAGAGUUCAGGCCUGCCGAGCCCUGCCAGCAGCAUUAACAGCACUACUCUUACCAGACCGGCAGGGACAGCAGGGAUGAGGAGUGGUUUGCCCAGACCCAGUGCCCCUUCCACAGGGGGCAUCCCAGUGCCUCGUAGCAAACUUGCACAGCCUGUUCGCAGAACAUUACCCACUCCCAAAACCUAUGGCAACGUGAAAGACGAGAGUUGGAAAGAUGGCUGCUACUGAACUGCAAAGCUUAACGCAGAGUUCCGGUGAUCAUGGAUGCUUCCUCACCAGGCUAAAAACAGCUUGAUUAUACAAACUGUUCAGAUGUGACUUUUGGGAUUUGUAAGAAUUCCAGACCUCUCUGUCUCUAAUUAGCACAAACUGGCAGAGAUUAUAAAGCAGCACUUUAAUGACAUCUAACAUCAGAUGUUUGGUGGUCAUACAAUCACUUCUAUAUUAAAUUGCUAUCAGUUCUAGGGUUUUUUUUCUUGCUUGCUAAAAACGUAUCAAUAUGAGCAUUUAUGACAGUGGCCAAUGUCUGGGCAAAAACCUAACGAAUGCCAAAGAAAUGCCCAUCUUGAAAAACAGCAAGUAUAACAGUCAACUUACAUUGUCCAAAACUUCAUUUUCAGCCUCUUUUAAUUCAGCAGAAAGAUCGGUGAAUACGUACUAUUGAAGUAAGACUACGUUAAUCAGAGCUAAUAUUCUGAUUGCAGACUGCUACAGUGGUAGUGAAACAUUACUUUUAACAGUUGUAUGAGAUUCUCAUUGGGGAAAGUGGUACGUACGUCCUUCAGAAAGGAUCAGAAGUUACCCUGGAGGAUUAAGCAGAACAGUAAGUGGUAGCCAUGGCUUUUAUUAACAUUAAAAAUUUGAAUGUAGCAGACACACACAAAUGCAAUAGUAUAGAUUGCAUCUUUCCUAUGUUGAUUUAUCAGCUUUAUGUGCUCUCAUAUGUUUGAUCGCCAAAAGGGCUUAGUAUCAGUUGUACAAUCUUUCUAACCUUAAAGUUCCUGGCUCAGGAAAGAUGGCCUUUGCUACUGUAGCCACAUUUUUAACACAUGGCUCGCUAUUUGGGGAAAACUUUUUUUUUUCUAGCAGGUUUCCUUACAAAGGAAAGAGCAAGUCGUAAUGUUAAUUUGUUCUAAUACCAUACCACCAUGCUUGCGGCCUGGAGCAACUGUAAAUGCUGAGAGUUAAGGAGAAGGAAACACAACUAUGCACUUGUAACAUACAAAUUUUAAGGUAAUGAGUUGACUCUUGAUGCCAAAUGAUAUUCAUUUAGGUGAUGUUCCAUGGUAUGAGGGAGUUUUCUGUAUCCUAUUUUUUUACUUUCAUCCAUUUCUUAAAUUGGUUUAUUUUAAAUUGUAAAUAUUUUUACAGAAGAUAUUGCCCAUGUAAGUGUGUUGAAGUAUGUACUUUGCCUUACAUAUGUGUAUCUUACAUUACUGGUAACAGAGUAUGAAACCUGCUAUGUCUGUUUACAAGCUAUUAAAUUCCUCUGGUGGCUCUGACUUAUUCUAACACAUUUUGCUCAGAACAACUCUAUUCAUAUAUUUAGCAUUUGAACCAUUGUUUUCUGGUUUGGAAGAUACCAUGCAAACAUAUGUAACUAAAGUUGUAUUGGGUGGGACUAGUUAAAUGGAAGGGAUUUUGUUUGAAGCUUUUUCAGUAUUUUGGAUGUACAGUUGAUGAAGUAAGAGAAUGUGAAUGGUAUAUCCUUUGUGCAAUGACUGACGAACACUACAAGUUGGAUUGGACGGUAGGUAGCCUUCAGCCCCAUUAGUAUCUGAGUUCGGAACUGCUGGUGUAUUUUGACUCCCACCACUAAGAGCAUAACUAACCCUGAAAUUCUAGCACUUGAAUUUUAGGCCAGCAUUAACAUAUUCCUGGAUGAAAAGCCAUGCAAUACUACUUGACUUGGAAGAAGCCAAAUAGGAAGGAGUGGAGACUAAUUUGCAGCUCUAAUUAUAGAAUCAUAGAAUUGUUAGGGUUGGAAGGGACCUUAAAGAUCAUCUAGUUCCAACCCCCCUGCCAUGGGCAGGGACGUCCCCCACUAGAUCAGGUUGCUCAGAGCCCCAUCCAGCCUGGCCUUAAAAACUUCCAGGGAUGCGGCUUCCACCACCUCUCUGAGCAACCUGUGCCAGUGUCUCACCACCCUCAUGGUGAGGUGACUCAUGGUGACUCAAGCAAACUUUGGGUUGAUGAAUGACUUCACGCUCCAGACCAAGAUCUGUGCUGAGACUUUGAAGUUGGGGUAUCAAAUAUACUGUAAUUCAGUAAGAUUUCAGCAGGGAUAAAGAAACUACCUUGCACCAGUAGACCAGUACAUACCACUAAUCUAGUCUCGUGUCGUUCACUGGCACAGGUAAUGGAUGUCCGUAUCUCAUGUCACUAUUAAGCAGAAGAGGGGAGUAGAUCAAAUGCGCAUAUUCUCACUAAAGCCUGAAUUUGAACAUUUCAGCAUUUUACGAAGCAAUGCUGCAGUCUUCAUUGGAAAAAAAAAAAAAAAGGUGAAUUUUAAUUGGUAGAUUUUAUCAAACACUUGAUUGACUUUUAAAUUUUGAAAGUCAGUUUAGAUGAUGAUAUUGGGGGUUUUACUAUGGCUGCAUCAAACUGUUGUGUAUGUUUCCUUAAGUUAAGUAAUUCAUCACUUGGGUAAGUUCAGCUUAAGUUUUUAUAAGGAUUCUUUUCUCUGCUGUUCUCCCCUGAAAUACAGCGAAUGACUUCCUGAAAAGACAGCCUGUCUGUUUACUAGCAAGCCUUUGUGCAUUACCAGUUUAUGGAUAUCAGGAAAUCAUGGGGCUCUGUGUUUAGAGAUUUACUGCAGAAGUGUGAAAAUAUGGAUUUGAUAAACUAGUGCCUAUGAUUUACUUAACUUAUGUUUGAUAUAGUAGUAAGGGUUUUAUGAAUGUGGAUUACUUUUUGUGCCAACAGCUCAGAAUUGUUGUAUGUGUGUAGGCAGAAGGACUUGUUCUGCUUCCAAAGUUAUUUAAUUUUUUUGUGUUUGAAUGUUUUUGUAAGUGUUAAAAGUGUAAAAAAAAUAUAUAAAAAAUAUUCUUACCACAAAACACUUUUCUGGAUCGUUAUUUUUAUAACAAAUUGGUUUUAAAAGCUUUUAGAAAUUUAGAGGGUAUUUUUAUAGGGCUUUUUUUGUUGGUUGGGUUGUUUUUCAAGAAUCAUAUUCACUUUUCCAGAAGUUACCAACAUCAGCUUCUGCCCCCUGUGAUUCAUGAGCAGAGUACAACGCCGUGUUUGGGUGAACGGUGUGAUUUCGUUGCCAGACUGAGGUGCGCUUGUGUUGUGCCUCUGCUUGGGAAGGACAACGCUUAAUUCAGAGUCAUGUGAAAAACCGUAUUCUGAAUUUUCAUCCAGAGCGAUUUGUUUGUGCAAUUCUGUGUACACAAACUGCCUUUCUACUUCCACAGGAUUUGUGCUGGCGUCAACCCACCACAUGAAACAUUUUUUUCAUUUUGAAAAUUCCGGAAU